AAUAGUACGAGUUUGUUUACAAUGGCGGUCACUAUAAACAUGCCACUGUCAAGUGGUGUUUACCUGGAAACUCAUGCGUUUGUGGCAAUCCAUUCUCUCCUCUAAGACCAGUUCCACAUUAUCCAACUGGUGUCUGACAGUAUCCUUCUGGUAAAAAAGGGAACGCAGGGUGUAGUGAGGCCAAGGUGAAAAGCAGCGCCAAGUGCUCCAGGGAACCCGACUCUGCCUCCAGUGGAGUCCCGCUGGGAUGCACCGAUCUCCCAGACUCCAUUCCACCCUCGCGAGGGCAAUGUUGAUCAGUUCAAGGAGAACUUUGCAGUACUGUUGAUCAACAAUGAAGAAAUGGAUAUUAGGAUCCGUAUUAACAUGGAUGUUCCUUCCACAUCUGAGGGGAGAUCAUUUAGUGGAAGAUGUUGACGUUCAAGCGGGCUGUAGCACAGCAUCAAACGACCUGGUUUACAUAAUCGACGGUUCCUCCAGCGUGGGCACUCCAGACUUUGACUUGGCCAAACGAUGGCUGGUCAAUAUCACCAGAGGCUUUGACGUGAGCUCCCGUCACACCCAGGUGGGCGUGGUCCAGUACAGCGACACGCCCCGUCUGGAGAUUCCGCUGGGCAAACACCUGAGCAGCCAGGAACUGGUCAGCGCCAUCAACACCAUCGGGUACCUGGGGGGCAACACCCAGACGGGCAGGGCCAUCAAAUUUGCCACGCAGCACGUCUUCCCGUCCUCCAACCGCACACAGCCUGCCAGGAACCGCAUUGCUGUGGUGCUGACAGAUGGCCGUAGCCAGGACGACGUGGUGGACGCAGCCGUGGAAGCCAAGGCCCAGAAUAUUAUCCUGUUCGCUGUGGGCGUGGGCAACGAGAUCACCAACACCGAACUGGUGUCCAUGGCCAACAAUCCUCCCUCUACAUAUGUUCUCUACGCUGAGGACUACAGCUCUAUCGCUAACAUCCGAGACGCCAUGGAGCAGAAGCUGUGUGAGGAGUCUGUGUGCCCAAUGCAGAUUCCUGGAACAGCCAAUGUAAAGGGAUUUGAGCUGCUGUCCAGAAUGCAGAUCGACAUGAAAGCAAAGAAAGUCCAGGGCUCGCUGAUGUCAGAGACUUCCUACUUGCUUAGCCCCCGACUGGACCUCACCGACAGCACCAGGGCCAUCUUCCCCGAGGGUCUGCCUCCCUCCUAUGUGUUUGUGGCCACUCUACGCCUGAAGAGCCCCACCAACCAUUUGAAGUUGGACCUGAUCAGAGUGCUCUCUCAGGACGGGCUGAAACAGUUCGCUGUGACCCUCAAUGGACUGGAGAAGUCUGUCAUCUUCACCAGCACAACCACCAGUGUCAACAAGAAAGAACAGUGUGUCAUUUUCAAUGACAGAGGAAUUAAGAAACUCUUUGACUCAGAGUGGCACCAGUUGAAGCUGCUUGUUAAACCCAGACGUAUCAUCUGUUACCUGGACGACAUGCAGAUAGAGGAGCAGCUACUAGAACCUGUAUUUCCCAUCUACAUCAAUGGAAAGAUACAGGUCGCCAAGAAGGUCAAGAUGGAAGCAACUGUUCCUAUUGAGAUACAAAAACUGAGGCUUUACUGCGAUCCAGAGCAAAGUGAGAAAGAGACAGCGUGUGAAAUAUACUCUGUGGAGGAUGACAGGUGUCCUCUGGACAGACAACCUGCAGCAGUGGAGAGCUGUAACUGCCCUCUGGGGAAACCUGGGCCUCCUGGUCUUCCUGGGCCUAUGGGCUUCCGAGGUGAGAAAGGGAGGGAGGGGCCACCUGGUCCUGACGGUAAGCCUGGGAAGCCAGGUGAACGUGGAAUGGCAGGAGAACUCGGGAAGAAUGGGAACAAUGGCAAAGCGGGCAUACCAGGGCAUAAGGGCGAAGCAGGACUCAAUGGGGCCAAAGGUGACACGGGAGCACCAGGCCUUGAAGGCAGACCUGGCCCUCCAGGACCUACAGGAACUGAGAGACAACUUCAAUUGGAGGCCACAGGAAUUGCAGGGGAAAAGGGAAGUCCAGGUGAAGCAGGAGCUCAGGGACCACCAGGAGAGCAUGGACCACAUGGGGACACAGGGCCGGUAGGAAAGGAUGGUUUUGUUGGACCAGCUGGAGUGAAGGGUGAGAAAGGAGACGUUGGGGUUCACGGUGGUGAUGGACAGAUUGGAGUUCCGGGAAUCCGAGGCCUUCCCGGGCAGAUGGGGCCUGCUGGACCUCGGGGGGAGAGAGGCCCACCCGGACAAGAGGGGCUGGUUGGACCAAAAGGACCUGAGGGUCUUCAGGGUCCGAUUGGUCCACCUGGAACUUAUGGACUUGAAGGCUCAAAGGGGGCCCAAGGUGCACGUGGAUCCGAAGGACAUCCUGGGACACCUGGACUGAAUGGACUGGAGGGGGAGCAGGGGGUUCAAGGGUUACCUGGUGACCGAGGACUGCCAGGGUUCAAAGGUCACAAGGGCGAAACUGGUGAACCUGGUCCCAAAGGAAGCCAGGGUGAGAGAGGUAACAAUGGAGUUCCUGGGAACACUGGGGCAAACGGAGAAACUGGACUCAAAGGAAGCAAAGGAGAGAAAGGCCUAUCAGGAGAUACUGGAGCCAGAGGGGCGGAGGGGAGGAAGGGGGACGUGGGUCUGAUGGGAGCUGCUGGACCUCGCGGCUCUCCUGGACAAGAUGGGUUACCAGGGCAACCAGGAGAGCUGGGAUACCCAGGCAAACCUGGGAAGCCACCAACUGAUGACCACUUGAUGACGCUUUGCGCUAAUGUUCUUCGGAAUCAGCUGCCGCAGCUCCUGGCGAUGAUGGCACCAGAAAGUCAAUGUGGGCAGUGUGAGACAGUGAAGGGGCCACCUGGUGAGCCAGGCCCUGCCGGCCCCAAGGGCCCCAGUGGAACGCCAGGGUACCCUGGCACGCUCGGUUUACAGGGUUACCCAGGACAGCCAGGCCGGAUGGGGCCUCAUGGGCACAAAGGUGAUAUUGGACCAAUGGGGUUAAAGGGGUCCAAAGGAGAUGGAGACACAGGGUUGACAGGUCCUCCCGGCCCAGCAGGUCUCCAGGGGCCCAGAGGCAGUGACGGACACGGUGUCUCAGGGCCUCCAGGUGAACCAGGGAAGUCAGGAAUCCCCGGCAUCCCAGGGAAGCGUGGCCCUCCUGGGGCCAAUGGCGUAUGUGACCCCACCUCCUGCUACCAGGCUAUUCUCAGAGAGGAACGCUACAGCAAAGGACCCAACUUCUAGGCCUCACAAGGAAAGCAGGACAUUUUAAUUUGACAUUUUGAGACUAACUAAGUCAAGGACUGCUCACUGAAAAAUCAAGGGCUGCUGGAGUGAGUGAGUUAACCCUUUGUUUCAUGUGGGAUGAUCCACUCAAACUUGAGAGAGAAGAAACAGAGGAUAUAGGGCAACAAAGUGACGCAAAUUGGUAUCCAGCCAAACAGGGUUGUUUGACACUGUCUUCAGGCCAGGGGUAAUUCAGUGAACAGGCAGAAGUGAUGAGGACAAGUGGGGAUUAGGGAUAUUAUUACCCCAUCACUGGCUCAUAAUAUCCGAGUGACAAUGUUGUUUUUACUGUCUAUCAGUGUCGAGGAGGUAUAGAAACUUACAAUGAGAAUUGCACUGCCUUAGUUAAACUACCUCUUUGUUGGAUCCAAAGCAUUAAACAUGAUCUGGAGUGACAGGUAGCAAUUGUGAAAAAGUUUUCUCCCAAAUGAUUUACUGUAUGUUCAAGAGCAACACUUGGAACAUACGACUCUGCAUCAGAAGUCUUUCACUUUAAAACUACUAGUUCUUCACUACAAAGUACUAUAUUUUUUAUAUGUAGAAAUUACUUUUAUAAGUAAUUUAUUUUCCUUUUCAAUCAAGCUUGUCAGUCAUUAAUUUGCUUCACUUCUACGGGUAUAAACAUAUUUAUUGUCCUAGUCAUCAUAGAUAUGCUUAUUGUUACACAACUUCUGCAUUUUCCUCUCAGUGUUCAGUGAACCUCCUGCUGGAUGGAAACUAGCAUGUUUACUGUCAGUAUGCGUCGUCUGUCUGUAGUAACCAUGAUCAGUUUUUCCUGAUUUAACUUCCAUCUAUCUUAUUAUUAUUAUUCCCCACAAUAUGUUUUAAUAUAUCAAAUGGGCUAUUUUGAUACAGUUUGUAGUAUACUUUUCAAAUAUUGUUGGCCUGUUUCAAUUGACUUUCUUAUUUUGAUUUCCACAUUUUCUAAUCAAAUGUAUACAUUUCUCCAUGUAUUUUCUUAUCAGAGAAAACACUGUUGACUGUGAAGUCUUUUUUGAAUAAACUUCUGUUGUAGUCUUGUAGUUGAA